UCGAUUCUACAAACUUGGAAAUAAAAAAACUUACAAUGGACAACAUGAUAUUUUCUAAAACAAACAAACAAACAAAAAGGGUCAAAUUAUUCUUUUCACGUUUUUCUUAUAAAUCUAUAAACUUCGAAACCACCAUAAACCUUCCGUUUGAACCAGCUCUCAGUGUUCCUUCCCUUUUCGUCCAAGGCUCACUUUUACUUGAAGCCCGUUUUGAGGAAUGCAUGCUCGUCUUGCACUAGCAUUCCUGCCUCCUCCUAGACAUCACAUCCGGGUCACUUGGCAGUCAGCGUGUAAGCGAGCGCGCUCCUCCAUACAGUUGCGUACUGCUGCUGCAGCUCUCAGCGCAACUCCACUGCAUGCAACAUGGACACUACGAGCAGCGGCCAGCCGCGGGGGAUCUGAGCGCGCCUCGGGACUCGCGAUACGCCACACCGGGGCAGGGAUGAGGUGCCAUCCAGCAGCCGCACACUGGUAGGCGAGUCGUCAAUUGUCAGCGAUGUCAAAGAGUCUGAAGAAGAAGAACCACUGGACGAACAAAGUCCACGAAGCGGUGCUCACCAGGAAUAAGGAGGGCGAGCUGGGGUUCGACUUGAAGGGGGGCGCCGAGAACGGCAAUUUCCCUUAUUUUGGGGAGGUGAAGCAGGGUAAGGUGGCCAUCCAAAGCGGCAAGCUGUCCCAGGACGAGCUGCUCUUGGAGGUCAACGAUACAUCGGUGGCGGGGCUCACCAUCAGGGAUGUGCUGGCCGUGAUCAAGCACUGCAAAGACCCGUUCCGGCUGAAGUGCGUAAAGCAAGGAGGUGUUGUGGAUAAAGAUCUCCGGCAUUAUCUUAACCUACGCUUCCAGAAGGGCUCACUGGAUCACGAGCUUCAACAAAUAAUACGUGACAACCUCUACCUCCGGACUGUGCCGUGCACAACGAGACAGCCCAAAGAGGGGGAGGUCCCAGGUGUGGACUACAACUUUGUGAGCGUUGAGCGCUUUAUGGAAUUAGAGAAAAGUGGGGCUUUGUUAGAAAGUGGAACAUACGAAGAUAACUUCUAUGGCACGCCAAAGCCUCCUGCCGAACCCACGCCGAUGCUGUUUAAUGUGACGGACCAACUCUUGCCCGGUGCCCGACCCAGUGCAGAGGGAAAAAGGAAGAGGAAUAAGUCCGUCAGCAACAUGGAGAAGGACAGCAUUGAGCCACCAGAAGAGGAGGAGGAAGAGAGCCCAGUCGUCAAUGGCAACGGCAUCGCCAUCACACCAGAAUCAAGCGAACACGAGGACAAGAGCACCGACGCUUCCGGAGAUGUGCCUGUCCAGCCGUGCCCACCCGAGACCCCCACCCUCACCACCACAGAUGCCCCGGAGGAGGAAGGAGACGCCCCCAAGUCCCCACAGGACUCCCAGGAGAAUGAUGAACUGGGCCCUUUGCCAGAUAACUGGGAGAUGGCCUACACUGAGAAAGGAGAAGUUUACUUCAUAGAUCACAAUACCAAAACGACGUCAUGGCUCGACCCUCGACUAGCAAAGAAAGCCAAGCCCCCAGAGGAGUGUGAGGAAGACGAACUUCCAUAUGGCUGGGAGAAAAUAGACGACCCUAUUUAUGGCAGUUACUAUGUUGACCACAUUAACAGAAGGACACAGUUUGAGAACCCCGUCCUAGAGGCCAAACGAAGGAUGCAACAGCAACAGCAAAUGCAAAGUCAAGGUCUAUCGGCGCUGCCAUUGCCCACAAUAUAUAGAGAAAAGCCUCCAUUCACGAGGGACGCCACACAACUCAAAGGGACAUUCCUCACCACGGUGCUACAGAAGAGCAACAUGGGAUUCGGCUUCACCAUCAUUGGUGGAGACGAGCCGGACGAGUUCCUACAGGUCAAGAGCGUCAUACCUGAGGGACCUGCAGCCCAAGAUGGCAAGAUGGACACAGGUGAUGUGAUCGUCUACAUCAAUGACAUCUGUGUUUUGGGCACCACCCAUGCAGAUGUGGUGAAGGUUUUCCAGUCUGUCCCUAUUGGACAGAGUGUCACCCUGGUGCUGUGUCGAGGAUACCCUCUCCCUUAUGACCCAGAAGACCCCUCCGCUAGUUCCUCCAGGCCCCCUUUGGGCCUAGUGGAUCACCCACUGCUGCUCAAUGGAAGGAACAACUAUGAAAAUUACAUGGAGUACAUGUCUUUGACUGGACGCUUAGUACCCGAGCACAGUGAGGGCUUUACCCCGCAUCCCCAUCCUGGAGACACACACCUUGAUGGCUCUCAGCCUCCAUCCCUGACCACACCGGGACCCCCACCCGAUGACAGCGUCUCCAUGGCGUCAUCCUCAGGCGCAACCACCGGUGCUCAAGUGGCCCCUGAACUUCUGAGUCUCACUAUAACCAAAGGCACAGAGGGUUUCGGGUUCACCAUUGCCGACAGUCCCACAGGGCAAAGAGUCAAACAGGUUCUGGAGCCGCAGGGUUGUCCGGGGUUAUGUGAAGGAGAUUUGAUGGUGGAGAUUAAUCAGAAGGGUCUCCAGGGACUCAACCACACACAGGUGGUGCAGCUGCUCAAGGACUGUCCAGUGGGAACAGAGGCUACGCUUGUCAUUCAGAGAGGAGCAGCAGCAGGCCUCUACACACCCUGGGAUCCCACAAAACAGUGGGACACUCAAGGAAGCCCCCAGACCAGCUUGUCGGCUGCUUUGCUCCCCCACGGUGCCCCUCAUCCCGGCCAGACGCUCCAUCGCUCCUCUUUUCCGGAUACAGAGCCCUUCUACCUGGGCAAGCCGGACCCCUACGACCUCUAUGAGAAGUCACGUGCCAUUUAUGAAAGCAGACAGCCAGUCCCUCCUCGGACGCUGACAGACUCUACAGGUGUGGAGUAUCAGGAAGUGGAAGUGCACCUGCUGCGUGAGAAGAUCGGCUUCGGCUUUAGGAUCCUGGGUGGAGACGAGGCGGUGCAGGCUGUGAGUCCGGAGGCCCGUGACAAGGCUCGUAUGGGGCAGGAUAAACAGAUACCGAUUGUGAUCGGAGCAAUCAUAGAGAACAGCCCUGCGGAGCGCGACGGCAGACUGCGUCCGGGAGAUGAGCUGGUCUCGGUUGACAGGAUGCCCGUGGGGGGGAGACCACACCGCUACGUCAUCGACCUCAUGCACGCGGCGGCACGAAAUGGACAGGUCACUCUGACCGUCAGGAGGAGAGUUCUGCUGCAGCAGGGCCAGCCUUGUGAGGAAAACAGCGCAGCGGCCAAUCAGAGCAGUUCUCCCCGGGGUCAUGCCGUGUGCCCAGUCAACUUGCCCCCCACCACUGAUGUAGUUAUCCAUCGUAAGGAAAGCGAAGGCUUUGGCUUUGUCAUCAUCAGCUCCCUCAACCGUCCAGAGACCACGAACACAAUAACUGUGCCACAUAAGAUCGGCCGCAUCAUCGAGGGCAGUCCGGCUGAUCGCUGUGGGAAGCUGAAAGUUGGUGAUCGGAUUAUGGCUGUCAACUGUCAGUCAAUCAUCAACAUGCCUCACGCUGACAUUGUCAAGCUGAUCAAAGACGCUGGACUCACUGUCACCUUGCACAUCAUCCCUGAAGAAGACGUAAACGGUGCUCAUUCGGCCCCUACAUCAGAGAAGCAGAGUCCCAUGGUGGCCCAGAAGCACAGCCCUCAUACUCAGUCCAGCCCAGCAGCCCAGCAGAGCCCGACCGUGUCUCAUCCCAGCCCACCAGCCCCCCACCCCAGCCCAGCCACCACACAGCCCAGCCCCCUGCUGAUGGAGCCGGGCCCUGGAGCUCCACACAGCAGCCCACCAGUGACUCAAAGCAGUCUGCCAGUGAGUCAGGCCGGCCUGGAGGCCAUGCAGUCGGGCUCAGCGGUGACUCAGGCUGCUCCUGUUGUGGAUCCGGGCAUACCAGGAGUUCAGCCCACCUCCAUCGGAUCAGUGCCAGUCCCACCACAGCUGUACCUUCAUGACACCAGGUCGGAGGUUAAAGCCAGGCAGGAUGUUAAACCAGAUAUCUGCCAAGCUGCAUAUACAGACUACAGACAGCCUCCGGUGGACUACAGACAUCCUCCUGUAGCAGACUACAGACAGCCGCCCACCAUUGAGUACAGACACCCACCUGCUCUCAUAGACUACAGACAGCACUCCAUCGCCGAUUACAGACCACAGGACUAUGACUACUUCACUGUGGAACUGGAGAAAAGUGUGAAGGGAUUUGGCUUUAGCAUCCGUGGAGGACGGGAAUACAAGAUGGACCUGUUUGUGCUGAGACUGGCUGAGGAUGGACCUGCGAUCCGUAACGGCAGAAUGAGGGUUGGAGAUCAGAUUAUUGAAAUUAACGGUGAGAGUACGAGAGACAUGAGUCACGCUCGUGCCAUCGAGCUCAUCAAGGCUGGCGGUCGUCGAGUACGUCUGCUGUUGAAAAGGGGCACGGGACAGGUGCCAGAAUAUGGAAUGGUACCUACCAACCUUACCAUGUGCAUGAAAAGCGACACUCUAGCCUCACCCUGUUUCUUCAUAAUGGGACACUCUAAAGACACGGUUCGUGGCAUCCUGCAUGCCUCUCUGCUUAUUUAUUUUAUGUCUGUAGAUUUUCUAUCUGCUUUUGUUUUCGGUUUGCAUUCGUACACUAGCAUGCGUCGCAUGUCGUGUUUGUGUGUAGUUUUGUGUCACUGUGUGCAUGUGCUCAUGACAGUGUUGGGAAGCCACACUGAAACUGAUGGAAACAGUAAAAAUCCAGCUACCUGUUAUUAACAAAAUUUAGCUAACUACAUUGAAUUUUCUUAAUAAAUGACUAGAAAUGAGCAGAGUAUUUAUCUGACGAAAGCAAUGCAGGAUCUCAGUCGAUGCUUCACUGAGCCCCGCCUUAAAAUUGUAAAUAACCAAUCAUCCUUCAGCAAUUUGUUGCCGUAAGUUUGUGAUCUUUUCUAAUGGAAUUGUCUGGAGGCUCUGUGUGUUGAGUAUUAAAUGCAAUUUUAUGGAAAUUAUCCAAAAAAUAUGCUAAAAUAUAUGGGGGCGGAAAUGAGCAAAGGUUCAAUUCGGGUGCGGGCAUUAAACUUGAACACAUAAAUUUACAUUAAUUACAGUUAAUACAACUAGAAGCACUGAAACAUUUUU